CCGAAGCUACAGCACGUCUGCUGACGCUACUCUCUGCAUACCUAUCGACAUUAUCGAUAUAAAUAUCGCGUGUGUUUUAUUUACCAAUCAAAAUUCGAAGCAACGAACUUGGAACAACGAUUUCAUACUGAAUUUUUGCUAUAGCAGAGUAAAAUGGAGCACGAUCACAGCGCGCACGCACACAUGACCGGCAUGGACAUGGCCAACAUGGGCAGCAUGGCUACACCCACACACGACCACCACGACAUGGACGACGGCUGCUCCGGGCACAUGCACGCCAUGGUGUUCCACACGGGCGUCUGCCAAGAGAUCCUGUUCAGCGGCUGGAUGACCACCACAGCGCUGGAGCUGUUCGGCUCAGCGGUGGCCAUCUUCCUGGCGGGCGUGCUGUACGAGGGGCUCAAGUACUACCGGGAAGCGCUGCACGCGCGCGCCACCUCCGUGCGCGGCGACUCGCAGGUCAACAUCACCAAGAACGAGUGCGGUGCCAAUGGGAACUGCGGGGGCACUGCUGUCGUCAAAUACUCAAUGCUAUCAAUGGGCCACUUCAUCCAAACACUCCUCCACAUCGUGCAGUCGACCGCCUCGUACGUGCUGAUGCUGGUGUUCAUGACGUACAACGUGUGGCUGUGCGUCGCGCUGGUCGCCGGGCUGGCCGUCGGCUAUUUCUGCUUCGGCUGGCGGAAGAACACAGUGGUCGACGUCACGGAACACUGUCAAUAGACUCCAUCUAAGCGACUCUGCAUCGAUAAAGUGUGAAACGAUUACGGUGAACGAAGACGUUUAUGAUUAACAUUCCACACUUUGUCAUUGCAAAGAGUUAGCUUGGUUCAGCACUCGCGGCUAGAAAAAGUUGUGUUUCUCAUUUAUAGCAUCAUCAUCAUGAAGCAGAUAAGUGAGAAAAUUCAUCAUAAUCUAAGUUAGUGCGGCAAUGAAUGGCAUAUUUAUAUUGUAAAAAAAGAAAAGCCUUAUGAGGAGAGCAGCUGUGCUGGAUAACUGGACACUGUUAAAAUUAUUAAGCAUUGAAGAUAGGAAUAGAUAGCGCCUGCCUGUGAUAAUAUUACGAACAACUGAUGCAAUAUUGACAAUUGUUGGUAGACUGCUGUGAUAGUCAAGUUUGGUCAAAAUUAAAAUGUUAAGACAAAAAUUUGCCAAUUCUCAUUUAAUUCAAAAUCUGAGAUGCUCAAUUGUGUAUUGUGUCUUACUCAAAUAUAAUAUCUUUGGUUAUACUCGUACUAAGGGUGUCAAUAUUUUAAGACAAAGUAAAUGUGCAUCUUAAGUGUUACUUAGCAAUAAUUUGAAUUAUAUCUCUGUCACUAGAUAUUAUUUACGUAGAGAGUCACAGGCUCACAGGUCACAGCUCAAGUUGGCUCAAGUAUAGUACUGUUUUAUACGAAUUGUUAUCUUGCCUUUUUCUAUGUUAAACUCGUCGCGUCGUACCCACUAUUUAAGGCAUCAAAGUUAAUUUUUGACCCUCUGUCAAUGGCUAUCCAUUCAUUGAUGACCAAUGCAGUUCAUUAAAUCUCAAUUUAGAAGCUUUCUAAGAACAUUUUACUAGUGUUUGUAACAUCCAAAUACAAAAGGACCUCUACGUAUACCUACCUACUACUACUAAGAUACAUUUUUAUAAGUAAUAAAAUAUAACCUUUUUAAUAAGGAUUUGUUCUGUCUUUCACUAAGGCGGGUUUUAGUGUCACGCGGAACGUCCGUGCGGAUCGCUCCGCACCUGCUCCGAACCGAACCACUCUAAAACGCUCCCUGAACUUAAACCCGAAUAGCGCCUUUGUAAUUUUGUAGCAUGUGUAGAGCCAUAGGUGGGUAAGCGUAAUAAACACUUAUAUAUAUGUAUUAUUUUAAGACAAUGUUUAUUGUCUUCAGACAAAAUAUGAAAUUCAGGAUAGAUAUGAGCUUCAGAGUAACGUACAUAUCAGGUACAUAGCAAAUAUUAGGUAUGCUUAUUUAGAGAAGAAAAAUCAGGACGACGUAUGCCGCUCAAAUAAUUAAUUGUCCAGUACAGUAAUCCACUUAAUAUAUGUUUGUAAAUUUGUGAUAUUAUAAGUAACAUAAGUAAUUAAUUAUCAUCAUAUUGUUGCGUUAGAUUUAAGGGAAAAAAAUCGGACACAUAUUUUGUAAAUACUUUUAAACGGUAUCUAAUACAUUCCUACAAUUUUAAUACAGUGUUUGGUCAAAAA